AAUGACGUCAAGUGCGUACUACUACGUGCAGUGCGCGUGUUCCAAGUAGUAGAAGAACGACGCAUCAGUUACUCGCUCCGAAAAGAAAAUUCGACCGAGCGACGUAACGAAAAAUCAUGCGCACCAAUAUCGCGGAUGUAUUAUGUGUAUUGUUGCUGUUUUUUGCAGCAGCAACGGAGGCGAUACGCUGUUUUCAAUGCAGCUCUGAUACCGAUCCGAAAGGUGAAGAUCUUUGUGGAGCCUAUGCCACAUUUGACAAAGAGCGAAAUGUGCCUAUUGAAUGCAGCAGCGAAGAAUCACACAUGCCUGGCACAUUUUGCGUCAAAUACACGGAACAAAGCCCACGUGGUUUUAUUUGGGACGGAAGAUGGCGACAGGUAAUUAGACGAUGUGCCUCCGUCUCUAGCACAGGAGUUACAGGAGUCUGUAAUUGGGGCGUUCGCGAGAACGGUAUUUACUGGCAGGAGUGUUAUUGCUCUGAAGACUCGUGCAAUGCAGCAUCCAGUCUAGUGUCCACAACACUAUCACUACUUAUCACCGCGUGCGGUGUCGUUAUUACGUUGUUUUAUUUUAUAUGAAUAAAAAAUAGGUGUCCAGAUUUUAUUUCGAGAGAUGAAAACAGUGGACAAUCAGAAAAGAUCAAUGUAAGAACGAUGUAAUAUGUGGACCAUUGUUGUUGUAACAAAAUAUCAGAUCGCGCGAAAGUAAUAACCCCGAAAACUAUAAUUCAAAUGUAUGCUUUGAGGAUCUCGGAGUCGGUUGUUUUUUAACAAAGUUACAAAUGAAAAGUCCAGCAUAUAAACUAUUUUGCUGUUUUUUAUUCAAAGUUUUUAUUUAAAGUUUAUUCUUAAUUUAUUGCAUAUAGUUUUUAAAGGAAACA